CAGAGCAGAAACAAGGCUUUUUGGCAAGUCGGCCAAAAGAGGGCUGGGGCAAAGAUCAUCUGAAGGAGGGAGCAGGUUGGGGAGGGUCCAGCCAGUAGCAGUUGUACUAUGCUCAGACCUGAAAACUGCAGUUUCAUGUAUGUGAAUAACAUUAAGUGUGAAGGAACAAAAAACAAAUGUCAAAAGUGACUGGUGCUUUAAUUUACAGAAGUAUUUUGCCUCACUGUCUUCUCCCACCAAGAAAGAAGCUGGUAAGUGAUGCUGAGCUGCUCUGACAUAUCCUGGUGAACCUGCUGUUCACAGCCACCUGCUUUGUGCCUGAUGACACCGCACCUCCCUUGAAGCCUCGCUGAGCUGGUGGGGAAGCAGCUGCCCUCGCCUGGUGUGGGAUGAUCCCAGCACCACGCUGUGAAAGAGAAGUGCGGUGCUGGAGAAAUGCCAUGAGCUGAGCUCCACGGAUGAAUUGACUUCUCAUGGUUAAUACCAGUAGCAAUGCCUUGCCAUAGAUAAUAGGAAUAUGCACAUUCCUCAAGUGUUGUCCACAAAGUGGCUUCUGUGCGGUGGUGAUGCUACCAAAACUCAGGAGCUGGAUGGCUUUGAAAAUGAAAAUACUAACAAGGAUCAUGACACAGAAAUGAUGUUACGUAGGGAUCAGAAUGCUGGGUGUACUAAUAGGUUGGCAACUGCUUGUAAGAUUUGCCAAGAGGCAGCACGGAAGGCCUCAGAAGAGAUAUUUAAGCCAAGCUUUAUAAUGACAAUACAUUAGCAACGAGUAAAUCUCAAAGGUUGAUUUGCAAUGCACAAAUAUUCCAGAAGCUACUCUUAGACCUGGAAGCAGGUCUUCACAUUAGAACCAGAAAGUUGGAAGGUUUUGCCCAAGACAGCAACUCAAGGUACCAAUAGCAGGACCUCUGAGCUUGUUGAACCACUCACCUGAGCUCUUCCUGCAGGUGGGCUUGCAAUGGAUGUCCACCAUGGAGUCCCUGGCCAGGAGGUGCCUGCACCACAGGGCACAUGUGAAUUCAGGGGGUCAAAGGGUCACGGUGCCAGGUUGUCUCAGAAUUACUGGUUGAUGAGAACUGUGGAAGAGAAGAGUAUUACUGUGAUUCAGACUGAAACACACUUAUGAAAAACACAAUACUGUCUGCAAACCUUAGCAUUCAGCCCUCCCACAGCUGGGUGAAUGGGACCAGGAGCCCGCCGAGGCUGCUUUGCCCUGAGGUUCAGCACAGUGAGCAGCAGUUCAGGUGGCAGAAAGGGGAUCUCAGGAACCCUCCAGGACAACAUGUCCUCUUUGGGCAGCCUGCACAGCCUCGGGGAGAAAGGUCGAUGGAUGCCAGUGAAGCGCUGGGCACUGGAAAGUGAACUGAAGGAAAAACCUGAAGUCAUUCCAUCGCCAGAGGAACGCCUGCAGGAUCACACAGCAGACGAAUGUUUCACCUCAACACAGGGCUACUACUUGGGCUCCUCAGUCAAUAGGGGGUGGUGUGAGCCAUGGCAGCAGCAGCAGCAGAGGAAGCUCUGCCCCAGGGAAAUGCAUUGAGGAGGGGUGGGGAUGCUUCCUCCACCAGCAUUGUUGCUGCCACAGCUACCUGCAAGUGGUCAUUGCAGAACACCUCACCGGUCACAUGCUGGGAGCACUGCUGGGAGGUCUCAGCACACUGCAUGCUGCACCACAACCAGAUUGGAGGAACAUUUGACCUCUCCGAGGACAGCGAGCGAGCAGGACCUGUGCCUCUUAAUAUCUCUAAAAUGAACCAGAGCAGCUGCAAUAUCACAGCUGAUGAAAACUUUCCACUUGUCCAGCUGUGUGUUUACAUCCCAGUUUUGCUGCUGGGCAUUUUGCUGAAUGUGUUGGCGCUAUGGGUGUUCUGCUGCAAGCUCAGCACGUGGACAGAAACCAGAGUAUACAUGGUCAACCUGGCUGUGGCUGACUGCUUGCUGCUCUUUACUUUACCUUUUAAAACAUUAUCCCAGUUCCAUCAGUUGAAGGCGGACAGAUGGUGUCUGAUUCUGGAAGGUGGCUAUUUCAUAAAUCGCUUAAUGAGCAUCGGCAUCAUCACCACUGUAGCAGCCGACCGGUACGUGGCAAUCAAGUAUCCUCUGAAAGCCAAAGCACUGCGGUCACCGCUGCAGGCAGCUUUUGCAUCUGGAUUUCUUUGGAUAGUCAUCAUCUGCUUGAUUUCCCUCAUUAAAAUGGUAGAAAACCGAGAACAAGAUAAAUUUUGCUUUGAGAAAUCUUCUGUCAAGCCCUCCGUCAUCACGCUGUGUGCUAUUAUCGGAGGGUUUUUCAUACCACUGAUCGUCGUGAUUUACUGCUCGACGCAAGUCAUUGCAGAGCUCACGAGAAAGAAAAAUGAAAGCUGCCACAAGGAAAAGUCAAUCAGGAAGGCUGUCUACAUCGUGACUGCAAACAUGGCUGUGUUCAUCGUAUGCUUUUUGCCUCUUUACGUUGGGCAUCUCCUUCGGUUUCUAAUGGACUCCUUCAGCUCCAGCUGCCCUGCAAUACAGAAGGUUAACAACUUUGUUCACCUUGCCUCGGUCCUCGCCAACACAAACUGCUGCCUGGAUGCUAUUUGCUACUACUUUGUAAACAAGGAAUUUCAGGAAGCAUCUCCUAAGCUAGCAAGAGUUAGCUCCGCUAACUCCGGCAAAACAGCUGAAGUUCAGCUCCGGGGCAUAACGCAUUAGUGCCAAAUGGAGAGGGCUCUCUUUUCAUAUGAGAAUGAUGGAGGGACUUUCUGCUCAUGGGAAAGAUUCAGACAUGAAAAUCAGCCCUCAUUCAGACAACCACAGCAGUACAGAUGCUGACGCAACCAUCUAGAUCACCACUGACAAUUCCCUGUCUUAUCCAAAUUUGAGUAAGAUGACAGCUUUCCUCUGCAAAACACCUUCAUUUCCCCCAAACCCCAGCAAGUACAGCCAGUGGAAAAAGCUUUUGCUGUCCAACCUCCUGAAUUGGGCCAGUUUUGAUGUAGCUGCAGUUGUGAAACAGAAAUCAUUUGAAAUAUCAAAAAAGGAAAAAAAAAAUCUCAAAGCGAAACCACUGCAGAGCAAGUAAGGUGGAUGGUUUUAUGUCACAAACGUCUCUUCUUAGCAAUAAACACCCAAUCACAGAAGCAGAUGCACAUUCAGCCUGAUUUAGUCAAGCUUACAGCAUCGUUUGGACUGUAUGACAGCGACAAAAUGGUCAUCAAUAGAAAUAUGGGGUCAGAAGGAACUGCAAUUGUUGGUAUAGGGGAAAAAACUUCACACUGAAUGCAUCUGAGUCAAGCUGGAUUAAAAAUACUACCCGAAGAGCUGGGGUGGGUGGGAAUGACAACUCUGUAAAUGGAGUCAGUUCAACAUUAUAGUGUAAAUAAUUAUCUAAAGAAACUAGCAACAAAUUCUUCCAAAGUAUCCAAUAUAAAUAAAUCUGUAUUACUGGCACAGAGCACUGUCUCUUAAUGAGCUAAAUGGAAGCAUUGGAGGAUCCCAGGGAGCAUGGGCUGCAACGGAGAUUGGGAUUUUCAAAGGCAGAGCACUGCAGGAACCUCUGAUGCACUUACUCACAAACAGCUAAGGAGGCAAAACAGCUAACCAGCCCCCCCCAUAAUGAUGCUCAGACAGCAGCACGUGCCCUGGGAUGGGAUGUGCAAACCAGCUGCACACCUCCACCCACACCUCCCGAGCCUGGGCUGGGCUUCCAGCUGCCCGCAGGCGCUAGGCUGAGCCCUGCUGCUGCCUUCCAGCCCCACGCCCAGCUCAGCCUCAUGUCUCCUCCUGCUCAAGGCAAGUGCCAAAAGAAAUAAACCCCUCGGGGAGAGACCCUGCUGCAGGCAACCGCUGGGCAGAGCCCUCUAUUCACCCAGCAGAGGCUGCGUGGCUGCCCAGCAAAGCCCAUGCAGGAUGGGAGCAAAGUCUGGGUGGGCUGCAGGCUCCUCACUGCACUUGCCACAGAUUCAGACAUCAAUGGGGAAAGCUGCUCUGUCAUCACAAAAAUCUGCAAGAAACAUCCAGCCUUUGCUCACAGCACAGUGAAGAGUGGGAUUACAAGAGGUUCUGAUGACAAAGUGCACCUUUGAAGGAGGCUGGUUUCUCCCUGCUUCUGCUCCUGCGUUUUCUCUGCAAACAUCAAAGCACUGUGCAUGCGCAGAUGGGUAUCUUCUCCCGCCCCAGCCCAGGGUGCAGUGAGGCCCUCGCCCUGUGUGCUGUUGGGUCUUCUGCACCACUGCAGUGACAUACACACAGAAUGCAUCUGUGACUUUAAUUUGAUGGACUGGUCCCAAAUAAAACUAAACAAAUCUUCAAGAUUUAUCCCUCUGUGUAGGAUUUGUGUGCAAGAGAGCAGAUUUGGAAGAAUAGCCAAUUGCCAGUGUUUUCUCUGCACCUGCAGUCUCACCGAUGCGGGUGCAAGCUGUUCAGAUGUGAAAGCACUGCA